AUGAUGGUAACAAGUAUACAAAACGAAUUACGGUUCGAGAGUAUAAGUCUUUUAGUAACAUCUGAUGAACGUAAACAUGCUCAACUUCGACAAAACUGUUGUACAAAACGAAGAAGAGUACCAGGACGAGCAUGGAAAAAACAAGAAUUGACUAGUUCUCCCCGUUCUUUUAAACGGAAGACCGCUAUCAAUGAUAAUGAUGCUAAUUAUCUUGAUGCCAUUUUAACACAUAUAUAUGUCCCUUAUGCGAAAAAAACACAUUGGUCAAAUAAACAUCGUCCUUGGACUAAAAGACGAUAUCAACAUACGACGCUUACUCGUGCAAUUGAACGUGGACAUUCUGAAUGUAUUGAAGUAGUGUUAGAGAGUAUCUUUCAUGGUUUUGUCUAUCCAACAAUUGUGGAUCACGUAUGUAGGACUGGCAGAACAGCACUUUGGUAUGCAUGUAGAAAAGGAGAUCUCGGUCUGGUGCGACAGCUAAUUGAACAUAGUCAUGCGCAUAUAGCAAAAUGUGGAGUUUUGAUAGUUGCUGCUCAAAAUGGUCAUACAAAUAUUGUCGAAUAUCUCUUAAAUAAAGGUUGUGAUCCAAAUCGACCUGCUAAAAAUUACAAUGAGACAGCCUUACAUGCAGCUUCUCGUCGUAAUCAUCUCGUCAUAGUCAAUUUACUUCUCAAACAUGGUGCUGAUCCAACUAUACUCGAUUAUAAAGAAAGAACUGCACUUGAAUAUGCCAUACACAAAAAACAUAUCGAAGUUGCCAAAGCACUUAUCUACCAUCAAAAUGAACAUUUUGAUAAAAAUCAUUUUGGUUUCACACCAUUGAUGGUAGCAGCUUACUUUAAUAAAACACCAAUAGUAGAUAUAUUUUUUGAAAUAUUACCUCGCCAACAAGCUCUAGAAGAAUUGGCACUACUCGCUUGUAAAUAUACAAUUGAUGGUUAUGCGAGUAGACGUGACCAAGCGUAUUGUUAUUUCGAAAAAUUUCUGAUGUUGCAUCUCAUAACUAUUGUUACUUAUCUUAUCGAAUCAAAAAAAGUAAAUGAUAAUGAACUACGCAUUUUUUAUGGUCUUAUACGACGAACUUUACGUCAAAAUGUUACCGAGACAACUAGUUAUUCUCUUUUCAAUAGAUUUAUCAAUGAUAUUAAACAUGGCGAAGAUUACAAUGCAGUCCCCUCGAUAGGGUAA